CCAAGCAUAUACCUCCUAGUACCACCCUUUUGCCCAUUGAUCCGAGUACGACAGUCGUUCAUUCUGUAAGAGUCUGUCUACGUUGGUGGCGGAAUCAAACAGCCUCUCAGACCUACCUUACCUACGUCCUCCUUUCGCAUCUCAUCACUACCUUAUCGAUACGAUGCUCUCUCACAAACACGUCCGUCCUGAUGUGCCGUGCAUCCUCUGCAAAUUACCACGAGAACUUCGCGAUCAUGUAUACCAUUACAUCCUCCUCCGGGACAACCACUCCUCUUCCUCCCCCUCCGAGAGCAGUAAUCAAAGACGACCCCAUCAACUCCGCCACAUUCCCAACCACGAAAUCUACCUCAUCAGCUAUUCCGACAUCUCUUCUCCCCUACUUCUCUGUCGACAAUUCCAUUACGAACUCACCAACCUGGCAUGUGCGACGGAACAUCAGCAGAUGCUCUCUAUUACUUUUGGAUUCGGAAAAAAGUAUCACCCGCGCCACUUUUUCUCUCAGCUCACUGCUAUUCAAGCUGGACUUUCCCCUGCACUCGUCAGUCAUUUGCGAGUUUUGGAACUCCAGCAUGUGAAAAGUUGUUUUUCGGACUUGAUGUCUGAAGGAGAUGGAGAUGAACCGAAAGAUAAUCAAAAAGGAGAUGAUGAUUCCCUCAUCUCUCCAUCAAGCAUCCUACCCGAAUUGAUCACGAUAGCACAACGCAUUUUCCCCAAACUCAAGACCAUUCGUCUUCACGUCUGGCUCGAUGGAUGGCAAGAAUAUUCCCAGUACUUUUCGAGUACGCCCACAGCUCUACAUCGAGCAGAACUUUCUGCUUUUUUAAAACUGGGAGAGACGCAUUCGACACGUGGCGGAGUGACUGUCUGUCCGAUUUUGAGUGUGGUGGAUUAUCGGGCUUCAGGUGCGGAUCGGCAUAACCAACACCACCGCCGUCACCGCCGACAGCACCAUGACGAGAGUAUUGGUGUCGUGGUGAAACAGGCUGCUCCGGUGGAGGUGCAACGGCGGAGGGUGGAAGAGGCGCUGCAGUGGGAUGUUGUGGCGGAGAAGAAGGUCUGGGGAGGGCCGUGGGGAGUGAGGAGUGGUGUGGGUUGGGGGAUUCCGUUGAUGAUGUUGUGUGUUCCUCUGCUGCCGGAAGCAGGGGAAUAAGGAUUGAAGGAGAGGUACAGGUGGGUAGUAGCCGUGCUGCUGCUGCUGCUGCUGGAAAAUAGAAGAUUUCCCACGACAUGUAUACAUCCAUUAUAGGUUCCCCCCAACAAAGAUGCAAGUAGUACAGUCAUACAAUACAG